ACUCUUAUUUUCCUGUUGAACCACGAGUUGUUUUGAACGGUUCAACUUUGGAAGCCAUCGAGACACGACCUAGAAGCUGUGCUGUUCUGAGAUAACUCGGUGGACUUGCUGUUAGCUAAACACGGCUAAAGAAAACCUGCUACCACUUCAGGAUCAUCCAUCAGCUGGGACUGAUUCAUCGUGUGUUCUUCACCACCUGGACCUGGACAGCAUGGACACAGCUUUUCAACAGGUGGUGCUGGUUAAAGAAGAAGCUCUAGAAGAACAUGGCGCUGGUGUCAACCAGCAGGACUUAGAUUUUCUCCACAUAAAGGAGGAACAGGAGAAACUCUGGCCCAGUAUGGAAGGGGCGCAUCUACAUUUGAAGGAGGAGACUGAUGCUGCCAGGUUUCCAUUCACUGUUGCUUCUAUAAAGAGUGAGGAUGAUGAAGAGAAGCCUCUGUUCUCACAGCUUCAUCAGAAGCAAAUAGAAGACAGAGAUGUUUCAACCAGCAGCUCAGCUGACCAGACGACAGCAGAAACUGGUGGAGUAGAAACUAGCCGGAACCCAGUUCUGAACCCUCAUGAACUGACUCCUGAUUCUUCAGAGACUGAUGUUGGAGAUGAUGAUGGUGAUCAUGCAACUCUAGACUCUGGGCUGUCAGACUCUGGGUCUGAAACUGGAGACCGAGACAAUGACUGGAAUGAGAAUAGGUGUUCUGAGUCAGAUUUUAGGACUGCCAACAUGUCCUUUAGUAAUAGGACACUUUUAAACAGUCACAUGAGAGUCCACACAGGACAGAAGCCUUUUCCUUGUGAGCUCUGUGGGAAUAGAUUUAGCUUUAAUUCAACUUUAAACACACACAUGGGAGUCAGCACAGGACAGAAGCCUUUCGCCUGUGAGCUCUGUGAAAUGAGAUUUAGCCAAAAGACACAUUUAAACAGUCAUAUGAGAGUCCACACAGGAGAAAAGCCCUUUGCUUGUGAGUUCUGUGAGAAUAGAUUUAGUGAAAAGGGAAGUUUAAACACACACAUGAGAGUCCACACAGAACAGAAGCCUUUCGCCUGUGAGCUCUGUGAAAUGAGAUUAAGCCAAAAGACACAUUUAAACAGUCACAUGAGAGUCCACACAGGAGAUAAGCCCUUUGCUUGUGAGCUCUGUGGGAAUAGAUUUAGUAAAAAGGGAAGUUUAAACACUCACAUGAGAGUCCACACAGGAGAGAAGCCCUUUGCUUGUGAGCUCUGUGGGAGGAGAUUUAGCCUAAAGACAAAUUUAAACAAACACAUGAGAGUCCACACAGGACAGAAGCCCUUUGCUUGUGAGCUCUGUUGGAGUAGAUUUAGUGAGAAGGGACAUUUAAACAGGCACAUGAGAGUUCACACAGGACAGAAGCCCUUUGCUUGUGAGCUCUGUGGGAGUAGAUUUAGUGAGAAGUGACAUUUAAACAGGCACAUGAGAGUCCACACAGGAGAGAAGCCCUUUGCUUGUGAGCUCUGUGGGAAUAGAUUUAGUGAAAAGGGAAGUUUAAACACACACAUGAGAGUCCACACAGGAGAGAAGCCUUUUGCUUGUGAGCUCUGUGGGAGUAGAUUUAGCCAAAAGACGCAUUUAAACGCUCACAUGAGAGUCCACACAGGAGAGAAGCCCUUUGCUUGUGAGCUCUGUGGGAGUAGAUUUAGUGAGAAGGGACAUUUAAACAGACACAUGAGAGUCCACACAGGAGAGAAGCCCUUUGCUUGUGAGCUCUGUGGGAAUAGAUUUAGUGAAAAGGGAAGUUUAAACACACACAUGAGAGUCCACAAUUGACAGAAGCCUUUUGCGUGUGAGCUCUGUAGACGAAGUUUUGGCCAAAAAAAAAACUUUAAACAGCCAUCUAAGCACCCACUAGGGCUGAACGAUCUAUUGAAGGGGUCCCCAACCUUUUUUUGGCCCGUGAGCUACUCUUACACAAUGAAAGUACAGCAGAGUUACUGUCAUAUGAUGUGUUUACAUUGAUACUUUCCAUGUGUGAAUGUGCUUGUGUUAAAAAUGCUAUACUUACUAUAUCAACAUGCAUUGUACUCACAAGUUGAUUUCUCUGUAUUUCAGUACAUCAGUAUAUAUAUUUUUUGAAAGUAUAAGUAAACUAGUGACAUUCUGUAAACCAAAUCAAACGAAACAUAUUUAGUUUUUUAAACUAAUCGGAUACUUUCAGAUAAUGAAUAACAAAUCAACUUCAUGUGAAUGAUUUGAUAAUUUUUUUAGAAGGUUAGUAACAUAACUUUUUAAGCGCACAGGAAUAGCUAACCUGUAAAGCUGAUGAUAUUUUAAAUUAAAUAUAAGCUAAAUGUGAUGAAAACACAAAAGUCUAAAUAGUUUGAAUUGAAGUAAAAAAAUGUAAAAUCAGAAAUAAGACUUGUUCCUGCUCACCUGAUUAACUGAAUCAUUUUAUGGGGGGGGGGGGGGGGUUUGGUCAUGAAACUUAAGUUUUGCUGCGUUUAUUGCUGACAAUAUAAAGGUUGGAGGUUUAUCCUUUUUUUCUGCAUCUUGUAGGUUUUUUUUCUUCACAGGUCUGAAAACUAAUUAAAAACUUAACUUUUUCAUGAUGCCUUCCAUUAACCUAUCCUUGCAUCUGUGCUCUACUAGGUCUUUAUCUGUACUGUGUUAAAUUUAUUUUAUAUGUAUACCUAUUCUGUGCUUUUUUAUCUUUGUUUUAUAUUUUAAAGUAAAUAAUUUUACUUAAUAUGCUUUUAUUUUUGUUUACUAUGUUCUGUGUCAAUAUUCUUUGAUUUUAUUUUACACAACAUGAUGUGAUAUUUUAACUAUUUCCAUUAACUUGUGAUUGUUUUAACUAUGUGAAGCACAUUGGGCUACUGUUUUGUGUAUGAAAUGGGCUAUAUACAAACUUGACUUGAGGGAGCAUUCACAAUCACAUUUUAUUACUUUUUUCCCCCGUGUCUUGUCUGGCUGUGAAGCAAACAGAAUUAAUGUCUGAAUGCUGGUGACAAGCCUUGCAGAUUUACUCUCAGGUAGAGCACCAAAGCUGCUGCUUUAAUGUCACGCCUGAUACUUAAAUCUUCAUUGUUGGUUUUUGAAUGCUUGUAACUCUGACCAGACACGGAGACAGAGGUGAAAGAGAAGGAAAGUAACAAAAGGAAGGGGGGUUCCACAAAAAUAAACAAUCAAUGAUGAACAAGA